CUUAUCUGCUCCUAUAAAUGGACCAAUGUAACUAAUAUCCUUGUGCAGGCUGUUGUGAAGUAAUCUACAGGUGGCGCCACUCGCAUCCAUUUAUUGAAACAAUUAAGAUGUUAAAUAUAUCGGAGCCACAUGACCAGCUCCUAUGCUUGACCUUUCUAUUCAGGAUGCUUUCAAGUCGUCACAUGGAUCUGACAACUAUUCUUUUCGCCUGACAGCAUGUAAUUAUAAUCGGGUUCAUUUCUUCCCCAGCUAUGUCUUUACAAUACUUAACAAGUGGAACCGGUUUUGAUCAGUUUACAGGUUGCGAGGGGGGGGUUAAGGGGUUGGUUAAUACCCCGUCCUAGAAUUAGCAGCACUUUGAGCCUUAACGUCUCAUGUUGCGAUCAGAUUUUCAGCUCUGGUGUCCCAGCUGGUGUGUUUGCUUAUUACAGUGGUGAUGAAACCAUCUAAUGUCCCAGCCGAAGUCAUAAUCUGUCCUGCCACAAAGUGUUUGUGGAGCCGGCAGCGCGGACAACAAUAAAGCUGCAAAAGUGCAGCUGUGUAUGCAUCUUUUGAGCUAAGCUUCAGGUAUUCAAAGUAAUCUUGCAGGAGUCUGAUUGCAUCCUGAUGCUUCCCAAAGCGCUGUAAUCGUGUAUAUCCUCAGUCCGGUGUCAGGCCCUUAUCCAGCUCCUGCCCGUGGCAUAACUCUUUAAAUUGGUUGAUCUGCGUGGCGUCUCUUGCCCUGGGGUGAGUGGAUUAGAGAGGCCACUCAGUAGCCGCUGCUGUGUGGAUUUAUAUAGAAGCGAGCCUUCUGAAAUGAUCCAAUUCCAAAAAGCCACAAAGCCUGUCCUGGCCCCCCCAUGCAACAAACCCUCAAAGCAAAUCAUCUACAGUAACUGAUAAUGGCUUCUCUAACUCAACAAUAAAUGUACUUAAUAUUCAAGAAAUAAACAAAACGUGUCCAGCAGGCAGGGCUCAGUUUUGGGCUGUCAACAGCAAGACGGGCGCUGCUGCAGGUCCGUGAACACACCACACGAUCCGGGAUAGCGGUUCGCUCCCACGAAUAUAACUGUAACUACACAUAGAAAUCUAAACAAUUCCCGAUUGUUCUUGUUUUAACUUUAUAACGCAAAUAAAUGCGUUCCUAAUUUAGUUUACAAUCGAAAUUCUAACUUUUCCACACAAAAAAAUGUUUAGAAUGUAAAAAAAUGUCUAAAAGUGUUAUAAAAUACUACAAUAUCAACAAAAUAAGCUGAAUAUUUAAAGAAAAGCAUUGGAGGGGGAAAAGGAGUCUAUUUAUGUGCGUUUUUUCCCUCCAAUGUGUUUUGUUUUUAUUUUUUAUUAAGCUUGUUUUGUCCAUAUUUUAGUAUGGAUACUAUUGUUCCCCACUAUUGAUUUGCCAAACAUUUUUUUAAUCAAGAUAAAAGUUUGUUUUUUAUAUUUUAGGUUUCAGAUUUUAUGGCGGAAUAAACAGUUUGAUCGGACCCGAGCGCGCGCGCGCGGCUGUUGAUUGAUAAUUAGGGACACCUGCGGCGGCGGCUCACAACAAAGCCCCACUAAUCAUACACUUUUUUUUUUAUUAAGAACAAAAACUUUUUUAUAAGAAUUAUCACUAAUAAAUUGUAUUGUUUCCACGCGAGUUAAAUAAAGUUGCAAACGUCUAAAAAGUUUGGAAAAAUAAAAUCCGUUAAGCUUCAAUCUGUUUUAGAUAGAAAGUCAGUAAAUCGAACACAUGAUUAAAUUUUAACUGUGGACUCACGUAAAAAGUAAAUUAUUGGAGUUAUAAAAUAAAAGUUGUGAUUUUACAUCGAAAGAAAAAAAUUUUAAGGAAAAAAAACUAAAGCGCACAUCCUCCUUCUUCCAGAUGAGAUUAACCCUUGAUGUGUCGGAAAAGUGGAGACGGUGUGGUGCGCGCGUGGUGGGUAGAGGAGUGUUCGUGGCCUUGGGUGAGGAAGAGAGAGAGCGCGCGCGCGUGGAGAUGAGUAAAGGGAGGUUUAUAUAGCGCGGGGUGUGAGCGCACAGCUCAGUGCCACUGACGCGCUCAGCGCAGCUCAAGUUGAAGAUCAGGGAAAAGCAAACCCCCCAAAACUGCAUUUCGACAUCCUAGGAUGAUCUGUUCAAACGCAUGAGCUCCAGUCCUCGCCCUCACAGACCCUCUUUCCUAAAAACUACACACUUUUCUUUGUUUUUUUAAUUUUUUGGUGCGCAGCGCGCGCGCACACACCAUGCACUGCCAAGCCGAGCUGAGGCUCUCCUCUCCCGGGCAGCUGAAGGCUGUCAGGCGACGCUACAAGACGUUCAUGAUCGACGAGAUUCUGUCCAGGGAGACGUGUGAUUAUUUCGAGAAACUGUCGCUCUACUCCGUGUGUCCUUCUCUGGUGGUUCGACCGAAGCCUCUGCACUCCUGUCCGGGCUCUUCAUCACUGCGUGCCUACCCACUCAUCUCAGUCAUCACACGGCAGCCUCCCAACAUGCCCCCCCACCUGCCACAGCCGACUUCUCCAGGCGCAGUCCACUCGCACCUGCCUUUGAUUUCCCCCCAGCUUCCGCGGGGCUCCGAACCCUCCCCCAGCCAGACGCCCCUCAGCAUCAGCAGCGAGUCGGAGACGGAGCGCAGCACGCCGCGACUGAAAAAGCCCCGACGCAGCCGUACUAUUUUCACCGAGGUGCAGCUGAUGGGCCUGGAGAAGAAGUUCCAGAAGCAGAAGUACUUGUCCACACCUGACAGGUUAGACCUGGCCCAGUCCCUGGGGCUCACACAGCUUCAGGUGAAGACUUGGUACCAGAACCGGCGGAUGAAGUGGAAGAAAAUGGUGCUCAAAGGAGGUCACGAGGCCCCAACCAAGCCCAAGGGAAGACCCAAGAAGAACUCCAUUCCGACCACAGAGGAAAUUGAGGCUGAGGAGCGAAGAAUGAAAAUGGAGGAGGAGGAGAGAAUGAGAAGGGGAAGCGAGGAGGCAGUUGGGAGCAAAGGAGGGGAACAAUCCCUGCUGGAACCCCAAGACCUCAUUGCAGAGACUCACAGCCCGUUCAGAGUGAUGGACCCAACCCCGGAGCAGGAGCCACUCCUAAUGACAGACAGCCAUGCAGCAACAAACUAACCAAAGACUACAGCUAACCUGAUAACUAAUAGUGCCUCAGGAUCAAUGUAAGAAGAGCCAGUGUGGCUUUUUUUCAGCCAUUUACUCUAAGAGCUGAUUAGCUUCAGACUUUACCAACAGUAGCCUUGAAUUCUUUCAUAAACUGGGAGAAAGUAUCACUUCCCACAUGCCGAUUGCACUGCUAAACAAGACCUUUUUCCAAGGGUGUCGAAUCGAGUUAAAUCUCAAUCCCAGCCAGCAAAGCCAAAUGGGCCCCUCAGGGUUUAAAGUGGGCAGAAAAUGUGGGUUUGUCCGCAGUCUCCGUGGUGGCCCUCCUGUGUUUCCCCACAUUGGCUUAAAAGGACUCUCAGUGGUAGGCUAGCUAUGCUACCCAGCUUCCUGGUGGACAGUGGAACUCACUAGCUCCAUACAGAAGAGCUCGCUAGCUCAAUACAGAGGAGCUCGCUAGCUCCAUAGAGAGGAGCUCGCUAGCUCAAUACAGAG